GUGACCGUCCCCUGCACAUCCUCCCUACCGACAACGUGGCAACACUCAGAGUUUACAAAGUUGCCCGUUUCCACAACAUGAAGAAACCACUAAUGCGAGGAUCCGGUUUGUUCUGCACAUCAUGAAUGCUGACUUGUUAUCAGCUCGUGUGUGUGUGUUUCCCCAUGAAUGAUGUGGAAGCUGUGGAUGUACUUUGCCUUCAUCUGACAGGUCUGAACUGUGUUAAAGUCUAUCCUCGGAGAUGGAUCAGAGAGGCCGCCAGCUGCCGGACUCCAGUCGCCGCUCUCACAGGAAACAAGACAAGGAGCAUUACUCCAGAUUUGCUCAGCAACAAUGGGACCCGAACUAUCCUCCGCCUGAGCCAAGAGAGAAGGACCAGCACUGGGGUCGUCCUGAUGCCCGUUACGUGACCCACUUCACCAGCCCACCUGCCAGACCUCCUCUGUUUCAGUACAACUCUCAGGAAUAUGCCUAUGCUUACGGGUGGCAGGAGCAUCACAGACCUCAGUCCAGGCAUGGUAAUGACUAUGCCCCCCAUAACCACUGGGAUUACCAGGACGGCUAUGGCUAUUAUGACUACUACAGAGGACAACAUGCACAACCAGAUGCUGUACAGUGGGCGCCCCCAGAAUUCUGGAAAGUCAAUCAGUACCCUGAAAGGACACACGUGCAAGGCCACGGAGCAAGCCUCAAUUUAGAGGAACACAGGUAUGACCAGAACAGUGAAAGCUCCCAGCGUUACCUCAGUGAUUAUAAAGUCAAUCCUUACAGAGAUAACGAGGAUGUGUCCUCUGAUUAUCCCGGGACAUUAGAGAGCUCCAAAACCUCUGGACUGUCUUCCAGCAGCUAUGAGCUGAGUCAGUACAUGAACGGACCUGAUCUCUGUGAUCAGGAGUUGCAGCCUGCUUUCACUUCCGAUGGAGAGCAUGCAGCGGUGCAUCAGACCUUGGCUCCUCUAAAGUAUUCAGUCCCUCAUGCAGUGGUGAGCUUUGGGCCAGCGGGCCAGCUCAUACGGGUCACUCCGGCCCUGUCAGCGCAAAAGAAAUUGAGUCAUCUGGAAGUCCACAGUUUGGAAGUCAUACUAAGCGAGACACCAGAGCAGCAGGAGAUGAGAGACUUUCCUGGACCUUUAACUCGGGAAGGUUUGCAUAAAAUAGAUGCAAUAGCCUUUGCUCAUAAGAAGGCAGGAACCUGCAUGAGAGAUGGCGAGCUGCCAGAUGGGAGCUCUGCUGCCCUCUUGUGGAAUCUACUGGUACUUCUCUGCAGACAGAAUGGUCAAAUAGUUGGCUCAGAUAUCGCUGAGCUCCUGAUGCAGGAUUCCCAUUCAGAUGGAAGCUGGAAGCCAGAUGUUCCCACACUCAUUGAUUUUGAUGAGCACCCAGCAGCCGAACUACCGCCUGCUAAAGGAGACGAUCUACUCACAGGAGAUCCAAAUAGUUUUGGAGGGAGCCCAGAAAAGGCUCUGCAGAGCUACACUCAGCUACUGCUGGCUGGAAGAAAGAAGGAGGCCCUGGAGUCUGCUAUGACCAGCGGCCUGUGGGGGCAUGCACUUUUUCUGGCUAGCAAGAUGGGCAGCAGAUCAUAUGCCACAGUGCUGAACAGGUUUACAAGCCAGCUAGUAGCGACCGAUCCCCUCCAGACUCUCUUCCACCUUCUGUCUGGGAGAAUGCCAGCUGCAUCCAUGUCGUGUGGAAAUGAAAAAUGGGGCGACUGGAGGCCCCAUCUGGCUGUGAUGCUCUCCAACGAGACAGGAAAUCCUGCAAUACAGCAGAAGGCCAUCCUCACCAUGGGAGACUCGCUGGCCUCCAGGGGCCUAAUACAUGCUGCCCAUGUGUGUUACCUGACAGCCGGCGCUUCCUUUGGGGCGUUCCCGCAGAAGGCAGAGAGACUUGUGCUUCUGGGCAGCAGCCACAGGCAGUCUUUCAGACACUUUGCUUCAACCUCUGCCAUCCAGUGUACAGAGUUAUACGAGUACUGUCAGACGCUUGGAGGAAAAUCAUUUUCAAUCCCAUCCUUUCAGGUGUAUAAGUUCCUUUAUGCCUGUCGGCUGUUGGACUGUGGGCUUUCGUCCCAGGCCUUCCAUUAUUGUGAGGUGGUGGGGCAGGCUAUCCUGAGGCAGAGGAAGCCAGACUAUGUGCUGACAGAGGAGAUUAUUAAGCUUUCAGACAGACUCAGGUUCACAGAGGGUCAGUACAGUGAAGCAGGGCUUGGUGGAGCAGCAGAGGAACCGGAGUGGCUCAAACACCUUCGGAUGCGACACCAACACUUCCAGAUGGGGAAUUAUGACUGUGCUGAUACAAAUCAGGAAGCUCCUCCAAGCUGUGCUUUGGCCGAUGAGGAUAGCCAGCUGUACCCAGAACCUGAUCUGGAUGAUUUAAGUUGUCAUAACCAGGAUCCAGAGCAUGAGCACCUGUAUUUGAGAAGCUCAGAGCACCAAGACAGCCUCAUCCAUGAGAGCGGAGAAGAAAUGUCAGUGAUUGACACAGAAACACCACACAGGUCUCAGGCCAAUGCCCCCUCCAUGGAGUCCAUGCCAACAAUGGUGCUUCAUACUCCCUCAGUGCCCAUGAGUCAAAUCACCAGCCCUCAUUACAUGGAUGGUGUUGAAGUCCGAAGUUCCAUGCCACAUUGUCCUCUGAGUAAUCCUCCACUGGCAGCUGAUGAGGCAGACUCAUCUUCUGAGGCUGGGAGGAUACGUGACGUUAACCUCAGUCCCAAUCAACACCAGGGGCUCAUGCCUGGGCCUGUGGAGGAGUCUGGGGGGCCUGACGAGGUACCUAAACAGGGCGCAAAAACAGGCUGGUUCAGUGGCUGGUUUAAAUCUAAGCCAAAAGAUGACAGAAAGGAAAGUAAAGAAAAUGACAUCCCAGCUCAGACGGACCCGCUCCCACCCGCUGGCCGCUUUCCUCCCCCUCCACCUGCUGCUCGCCCUCCUGGCACAUUUCCACCCUCCCUCUCCCCUGCUGGGACAAAUCCUUUCUCCAGGAAAGCUGGCCAGCAGCCAAGGUAGUAAAUGCUGCAUAACUCCACAACAGAAUGGCUGAUUACAUCCAAACCGCACAUAUACCUAACGACUGAGCACUGGGUGACAUCAGCAACAACUGCAUGCUGCUUACUUGCACAGAUAUUUCUUUUUAAAGGGUGCCCUUUGAAACCCCUACAGCGGAUUUGCCAUCAUGUUGCAUGCAAAGCACAGGAAUACCAGCAACUCAUAUUGCACCGGCCAAAACAGCUGAAGUAUGCUUGCAGAAAGCUGACGGUGGGGAAAUAACCGGGGGGCCGCAGGACACAUUAGUGGAGAAGGACAGCAUCGCUUACCCCGGCUGGUGAUAAAUAAUUUGGGGGUACAGGAGGUCGGGUAUUACAACACAACGAUAAGCUCUACUUGAAAACAACUCUGUCCACAGUCGCUCGCCUGCUGCUGGAUUUUUAAGUCUGGUCGGUCGGGUCCACACUCUUUCAUCUGUUUUUUUUUUUCUUCUAGCACGAGCCUCGUGAGAUUACUAUUUAGUAAAUAAUUCUGAAAAUUCACUGUCGCCAUUCUCUCUAAUCUCGUCAUUGCUGUUGUCUGACUCCUCCGUUUGCAUUCCACUGUUUAAGUGAUAUUUGCACCUGCAGCGUCUAAGCUGCCAGAGGUGUGACUUUGAUUGACAGGUAUAAUGAACUACUCCGAUUGGAUGAAGAAUGAGCCAAAAAGCACCGAUUGGCCACAAGAGCAGGGAGCUGCACCUCUAGGAGGCUCUUUUAGUAACAAAUUACAGCAUGAAGUCACAUGGAAGCCAAAUGUUUAAAAGCACACUACAAACAUGCUCAUCUGGCCAGCAUCUGGCCACUAAAAAGGUUUUAAUUUAAACUUACACAAAAAAUAACUUUAAUAAAACCAAAAUGGAAUGGGAAUGCUGAAAAAUGAAAAGUCAGACACACUUUAUGAGGGAACAGAUAUGAUAAUUACAUUGUAUAAUUUAUGUUUACUGUAUCUACACUUUUUUUCCCCUGCAAUUCUGAUAGUGGUGGCGAGCGGCAGUAUUAAGAAGCCUUCACUGCCCCAGAGGCUCUUCUUACACCGAAGAGCUGACUGGGAUCAGUUUUUAUCAGUAACAAAGAAGCAAGUUCUUGUUUGACAGAGAAAGACGAAGCCUACCACGUCCACUUAUUCACACUAAUGAUCUAACCUCUGCAUACCCAUCAUGCUGUACCUUAACAUUAGUCCUUUGAAUGUAGGAAAGUUGUGGUUAUUUUUGUUCUGUAUAUCAGCCACUGCUUCA